CCUGCAAAAUUUGGGCCACAAAUCUGAUUCAGGAAACAAACAAAAAUUUCUGGCUCUGGAAGAAUAGAUAAAUCCGACAAUCUCUCUCACCAUCUCCACCGACCGACUGACCGAUCGAUCCCACUCCUCUUCAUUGCCACAUAACAUAAUUGAUUAAAUUAAAUCCUCCUUCCUGCUUCCAUUGCGUCAGUCUUGACAACCCUCGUCAUAUCUUAAACUUUCCCAUGUAAUCACUACACCCGGACAAAGUCAAUCAACUCUCAAGAUAUACAAAACCAAUCUAAGAAAAGGCGAGAGAAAAAGAGACGUAACCGAUUCAAUCGAGGACAACCCAGCCUGCCAGAGCACAAUCACUGAUUUCCGUCUUAUGCAUUCCUUUACAUCUCUCUCUUGAUGGAUUCGGAUUUCUGGGCAUCUCGCCUCGCCGCCGCCAAGAGGCAAUUCACGCUGCAGAACCACCACCAGCACCAUGGCUUCCAGCUGGAUCGAUUGAACUUCGACGAGUUCGAGGUUGAGGACGAGGUCCGGCCCGAUUUCCCGUAUCCGCACAGCUACGAGGACUUCGAUCUAGCGUCUCUGUACUCGCACCUUGAAGACGAGCAGCACGCGUGCGAAUCCAAAGUCGCCGUUUGCCCCAUUUGCUCUGUUAAAGUUGUGACAGACAUGUUAAGUCAUAUCACCCUGCAACAUGGACACUUGUUUAAGUUGCAGCGACGUCGCAGGUUGCGUAGGGUUGCAAUUCCAAACAGUCAGGCGCUGUCUCUCCUGGGGAGGGAUCUUCGCGAGGCCCAUCUGCAGAUGCUUUUAGGAGGCGGUGGAUAUCAUUCGAGCAAUGCAAAUUCGUCAGCUAAUGCCGUCACUACUGAUCCAUUCCUUUCCUCUCUUAUUUUGAAAUUCCCUACAUCAGAAUCAGAAGAUAUUUCAAAAUCUGUGGCAUCUGGUGCAGAGGAAAGUUCUACUAAGAGUGCGACAUCGUCACACUUGUGGAAAACAAGUUUCGAUCCAUCGUUGAGCUCAGAAGAGCGGGAAAAAAGGAUGAGACAAGCCGCGGGAAGAGCUGGUUUUCUUCAGGAUCUGCUGGUGUCAACUCUGUUAGGUGACUAGUGGUGGAACAUUAAGUUAAAACACAAAGAGUAGCGUUUAAAUAUUGAAUUUAUUAAGUUUUCCGGAUAAUUGGCAGUUUGGGUUAAAAUUCAGUCAUUUUGCCAAUCCUUGCCAUGUUUGAAUGUUUCUAUUGAAGCAACAAUAGGAAUUGGUUUAUCAUAAGUUCAUGUUCCUACACCCACUGAACAAGAGUUCUACUGCUUUCUCAAAACAAUAAAUAUAUAUAUAUGUAUAUAUAGUUUCUUGUUUAUGGAAUGGAAUGGAAUGAAAAUUUCAUAUUUUACA